AGGAAAAUAAGAAAGUGAAAUGUCUUGGCUAGCUAGAUCCAUUGCGAACUCUCUCAGGCUCGAUGAUGAUGAUGAUGACGCCGGCGAUGAGAACAAUGCCGUGGAUUCAGGACGACCGAUCGAUUCAAAAUCGCACCAAUCAUCGCCGUCACAUUCCAAUCCUCCAUCGUCAACGGGUUCCGACUCUCCGCGCGGAGUCAAAGAGGACCUGUCGGUGCUUACCAAAUCCCUAAGCCGGCAGUUCUGGGGCGUGGCGUCGUUCCUCGCCCCGCCUCCUUCUGAGCCGUCUAAUCAAUCCGAGCUUGAUCGGUCAUCCGAUCCAGAGGCCUCUGAUCAAGAUGUGCUGGGGGGAAUCCGUAGUGAUUUUGCCGAGAUUGGCGGGAGAUUCAGGACCGGGAUCUCGAAGCUCUCGAACAAUAUCGCGGUCUCGGAGAUUACUAAAAUUGCAUCGAAUUUCCUACAGUUUGGAUCAGAGGAGGAGAGUCUGGAUAAGUACAAGGAUGGAAAUGUUGUUGGUGUGACCGAGGAGGUGGUCUCGUUCGCCAGGGACAUUGCAAUGCAUCCGAGGACUUGGCUGGAUUUUCCUGUCCCUGACCAUGCUGACUUUGAUGAUUUCGACAUGUCUGAUGCACAACAAGAUCAUGCUCUGGCUGUUGAACAUCUUGCACCAAGAUUGGCUGCACUUAGGAUUGAACUUUGCCCAGAAUAUAUGAGUGAGGGUUGCUUUUGGAAGAUCUAUUUUGUACUUUUACACCCUAGACUCAAUAACCAUGAUGCAGAGCUUCUGUCAACUCCCCAAAUAGUGGAAGCAAGAGCCCUUUUGUCUCAAGGGGUACAGAGCCGAUUAACAGUAAAUCUAGGACGAGAUCAGUCUGGAAUUGUCACAUCUAAUGGAACUGCUCUUAAACCACUUCAGGAGUCUCUUUCUAUGCCUUCCACUCAAUUUGAGUCAGCACCACCCAAGAUAUCUGGGACUGAAAUGGCGCCCUUAAGCACAGCUGUGGAAAUCGAAACAGAGAAGCAUCCAGUUCAGACUACUGAGAUGCCAGUUGUUGACAAAUCUGUUAUUGAGGAACAGCCUGUAAGGCAGACCAAAUAUCAACAUUCAGUGGCUGGUCCUCCUCCUGUAGUUUUGGAUGAGCAAUUUGAUGAAGAUGGUGAUGACUGGUUAAAAGAGGAAACUUCAGAAGUAGUUGGCUCUAGUAAUACAACAAUUCCAAUUGGAAAUGACGAGGAUGUUUCAUUUAGCGAUCUGGAAGAUGAUGAUGGAGAUGUGCCCACAAGUUACAAGAAAGUGACAUCUGGCUCUGAUUCUUCAAUAAAGGACUCACCAGAUUGGGUUCAACUUGGCACAAGCUCUGGUGACUCAAUUAAGGAUGUCAGCUGUGUAGGUGAAAAAGGUGCUGGCGCUGAGCAGGUAAGUGCUUGUAACUCUGAAACCAAAGAAUCCAACGACUGGCUUGAUAUUGAAGAGAUUAUAUGAAAUAAGGAUGACACCAUAAAACUAAAACCCUCUAAGAUGCUUAUGUUCUUCAUUCCUUCUGCUUAUAUCAACUUUGUGAAUAUCUGUUGUUGCUUUUCUCCGGUAACCGUAUAUUUGUACAUAAAGCCCAGUCAAACUCAGAUAAUUAUGUACACAUAACAUUGUAUCCAUCUACUAUUUGAAAGUUUCUUUUAUUAAGUUCUACAUAUGCUGUGUCAUUGCUGCUCGAUUAUUAAUAUAAACGGUAAGGAUGA